CACCGCAAAACUUCCUUCAUUGGUUUUUCAAGAUGGCCGCCAUCUCCAUUGUUCUUUUCCUUGUGAUAGCAGCCAGUCACUCUCGGGUCGCUGCUGCUGAUUGCGAUACUGUGCCAAUAGAAAAAUGGGGUGGAAGUGCCAUAAACAGAUCGACGGAUCUAGUAAGACCGGUGAAGAUAGUUGUAAUACAGCAUACGGUGACCCCGGAGUGCUCGACUGAUGCGGAAUGCGAGGAAGCGGUGAGAUACAUCAGGGAGAUGCAAACCAAUAAUGGUUUUGAUGAUAUUGCACAGUCAUUCGUGGUCGGUGGCAAUGGAAAAGUGUACGAGGGUGCUGGUUGGAAAGUUGGUGCUCAUACUUUAAGGUGGAACGAAAAAUCCAUUGGUAUCUCGUUCAUCGGGGAUUAUCGAGAAAAAUUGCCGACCGAACAAGCCAUUAAGGCAGUACAAGAUUUCCUAGCGUGUUCAGUUAGCACUAAGAACUUAGAUGAGAAAUACCACCUGGUUGGUCACCUCCAACUCACUGCAACUCUGAGUCCCGGAGCCACGCUGCAAAGUCACAUAAAAACUUGGCCACACUGGUUAAGUGACGUCUCCGGACUUUAAUUAAUCUGCACUUUUUAUUUUUAUAAAUUUCUUUUAAGAUUAUUAUUGUUGAUAUUGCA